GCCUUCUUCCCUGUUCUCACAAUUUCUUCCCUCACACAAACUUCUUCAUCCUCUUUUCUCCCACAUAUCAUCUCCCCUCUCUCCCAACCUAUCCCCCCCGUCUCUCUACACGCGUCAUCUUUCUUUGGUCUUUCCUUCGAAGGCUCCUUGUGUUUGUUUUUUUAGGGGAAAAAUCGUACUUGUCACAGUGGAAAUUUGCUGUGCCCAACGAUUUCGAAAAGUUCACGACCUAAUUUGAAAGAGUACCCUCCGCUUCUCUUUCCCUUCAUUUUUUCUGUCUCUGUUUUAAUAGACAGAUUCCUUUGAUUCCUACGCAUAUAUACAGCGAAGGAAUACUCUGAUUUUCGUCUCGCGACUCGAUAACACUCCGAACCCAAUCAGCCAACCGACCCGAUUCAACAUGGCUGACCAACUCAACAUGAACGGCCUUGCCAUCAACGAUGGCCAGCAAGGUGGACAGCAGCGCUCGUACAUCCCUCCUCACAUGCGAGGCCGCCAAAAUGCCGGCCCUGCUCCUGGUCCUGCUGCUGGCGGUCCUCCUCCCGGCGCUGAUCUCGACCCUACCCCCGCCGGCGCCGCUGCGGCUGCCAAUGGUGCUAUGAACAAUGGCAACUGGUCUGGCAACCAAGGUGGCUAUGGUGGCGGUCGUGGCAACUGGAACGGCCAUGACGGCCAGCACAACAACCGCCGAGGCGGCUGGAGCGGCGGUCGUGGUGGCUACUCUGGUGGUCACGAAGGUGGUCACGGUGGCGGCUAUGCCACUCGCGGCUCUGGCGAUGGACAGUGGCGCGAUGGCAAGCACAUCCCUGGCCCGGCUAACCCCCGCGUUGAGCGUGAGCUCUUUGGUACUCCGGAUGACCCUUCCAAGCAGCACACUGGUAUCAACUUUGAGAAGUACGAUGAUAUCCCUGUUGAGGCUUCCGGUCACGAUGUCCCUGAGCCUGUCCUUCAGUUCACUACACCUCCUCUGGAGGAGCAUCUCUGCCGCAACAUUGAGCUUGCUCGCUACAAGGUUCCCACCCCCGUUCAGAAGUACUCCAUCCCCAUCGUCAUGGGUGGACGUGAUCUGAUGGCUUGUGCCCAGACUGGUUCCGGCAAGACUGGUGGUUUCCUUUUCCCCAUCCUGUCUCAGUCCUUCAUUAACGGACCUUCUCCCAUCCCUGCCAACGCUGCUGGCCAGUUUGGUCGCCAGCGCAAGGCCUACCCCACUGCCUUGAUUCUUGCACCCACUAGAGAACUCGUCUCUCAGAUCUACGACGAGGCCCGUAAGUUUGCCUACCGCUCUUGGGUUCGCCCUUGCGUUGUCUACGGUGGUGCCGAUAUUGGAUCUCAGCUCCGCCAGAUUGAGCGUGGUUGCGAUCUUCUCGUCGCUACUCCUGGUCGUCUCGUCGAUCUCAUUGAGCGUGGACGUAUCUCUCUCUGCAACAUCAAGUACCUUGUUCUUGAUGAGGCCGAUCGCAUGUUGGACAUGGGUUUCGAGCCCCAAAUUCGCCGCAUUGUUGAAGGCGAGGACAUGCCUCUUGUCGCUGACCGUCAGACCCUCAUGUUUUCCGCUACUUUCCCCCGCGACAUCCAGAUGCUUGCCAGAGAUUUCCUCAAGGACUACAUCUUCCUGUCCGUCGGACGUGUCGGUUCUACCUCUGAGAACAUUACCCAGCGUGUUGAAUACGUCGAGGAUGUUGACAAGCGCUCUAUGCUCUUGGACAUUCUCCAGUCCAACGCUACCGGUUUGACCCUCAUUUUCGUCGAAACUAAGCGCAUGGCCGACUCUCUCUCUGAUUUCUUGAUUAACCAGAACUUCCCCGCCACCUCUAUCCAUGGUGACCGUACUCAGCGUGAGCGUGAGCGUGCUCUGGAGUUCUUCAGAAACGGUCGCUGCCCUCUGAUGGUUGCUACAGCUGUCGCUGCUCGUGGUCUCGAUAUUCCCAACGUUACCCACGUCAUCAACUACGAUCUUCCUACCGAUGUUGAUGAUUAUGUUCACCGUAUUGGUCGUACUGGCCGUGCUGGCAACACUGGUAUUGCCACUGCUUUCUUCAACCGUGGCAACCGUGGUAUUGUCCGCGAGCUCAUGGAUCUUCUUAAGGAAGCUAACCAGGAGGUUCCUUCUUUCCUUGAGUCUAUCGCUCGCGAGUCUUCCUACGGUGGUGGCCGUGGUGGUCGCUCUCGUGGCGGCGGUGGCCGUGGUGCUGCCAACCGCGAUUUCCGCAAGUUCGGCGGCGGCGGCGGCGGCGGCAGCUUCGGUGGCCAGCAGUCUGGCGGCUAUGGUGGCGGUUUCAGCUCUGGUGGUGGCUACGGUGGCAGCUCUGGCGGCGGCUACGGUGGUAACUCUGGAGGUUAUGGCGGCAACUCUGGCGGCAGCUAUGGCGGUAGUUAUGGUAACCCCAGCGGCCCUGGUAGCCAGUCCUGGUGGUAA